AUGGAGGACGUUACCGAGGUUGUAGUGGAGCCCGAGUCCGGGGAAGACGAGCUGAACUCGAACGAACAUGAUGAUAUCAAAGGGGAUAACUCGACGGUGGACAUUGUGCCUGAAAACCAGCAGCCUGAUCGGACUGGGCCGCCCGAUCCGUGCUCCUGCGUCAGGGGCUCCACGAUCCCGCUCCCUAUGCCAGGGGCUGCCCGCAUCCCGCUCCCCUAUGUCAGGGGCUGCCCCGAUCCCGCUCCCUACGUCACGUCCGCAAUGUCUGUCUCUCUCCCUCCUUUCUCCAGUGUGAUAAAGAAGUCUGGUGUGAACAGGGUGGUGUGGAAGAGACCCAGGUUAACCCAUAACGGCCCCGUCCGGAGGAGCACAGUCAUCGACCAGAUCCCUUUCCUGGCUGUGGCCAGAGCUCUGGGCGACCUGUGGAGCUAUGACUUCUACAGCGGAGAGUUUGUAGUGUCCCCGGAGCCAGACACCUGUGUUCUGACCCUCGACCCCCAUAAACACCGUUACAUCAUCCUGGGCAGUGACGGGCUGUGGAACAUGGUGCCCCCCCAGGACGCCGUCUCCAUGUGCCAGGACAACGAUGAGGCCAUGGCGCCUUGCGGGGUGUCCAGCGCUCGCCAGCUGGUGAGCCACGCCCUCCUGCGGUGGCGCCAGAGGAUGCUGCGCGCGGACAACACGUCGGCUAUCGUGAUCGCCCUGCAGGAGCCGGGUGUCCCUCAGGAGCCCCUCCACCAUGAGGAGGUACUGCUGAACCUGGCCGAAGGACAGCACUGUGGCCCCGCAUCGGACUCCAACACCUCACCCAUCAAGGUUCCAGACAUGGACAUGUCGUCUGCUGUGUGUGAGCUCCUUCCGACCCUGGAGCGUGGACACGGCCUAUCAGGGAGCAGCCUGUACGUCCUGGCCCUAUCAGAUCCCUUCGGCCCGCCCCUCUCCGACUCGGACGACUCCCGCACAGGUUUUCCCCUGACGACAGACAGCUCCGCCCUUGGGGAGGAGCUUAGUGAUGUCACCGCCAGGCGGCCCAUCGGGCGGCAAACGGACUCAGGAUGACACGUCACCCAACCC